AUGCUAUGCUUGAGAAAGUGCCUUAGACGGCCUAUCCUUCUCCUGGCUAUUGCGCUGACUGGUAUUGUGUGUUUCCUCAUAUAUCGUAUCAACCAUAUCCUAGAAGUUCGGGCCUACUUCGCAAACACAGUUGAAUCUGUCGGCGCCACCCUAUCUGAUAUAGCUAGCAAAACUACACAUGCUGAUAGAGCCAGCGAGUUUGAUGCACUAAUAGAAAAGCUCACUACUCCGCUACAUUCUGGAGCGGAGUUGUCGGGCGCUACAAGAGAAGAAGGGCUACGGGCGUAUGCACGCUUCAUGGACCAGCCCAUCGAUGAGCCGAAAGGAACUCCCCUGGUGCGGCCUGGCACAGAUGCAGCAGGGAAGGCGCCGGCGACCAUUUUAUGCCUAGUGAGGAACAAAGAUCUUGAAGGAAUAAGGAGCUCGAUUACCGAGCUCGAAAAAGCGUUUAAUGGCAAGUUCAAGUACCCGUAUACUUUUUUGAACGAUGAACCGUUUACUCCAGAGUUCAAGGAGGCUAUUCAGAAGCUUAUUCCUGAGCAUGAAUCGGAAUUUGCAACUAUUGACAAGGAGUUCUGGUCUAUACCGGAGGCCAUCAAUCGUGAGAAAUAUGAUGUUCAAAAGCUAAAGCUUUUAACCCUCAAAGUGGGCCAUGCAGAGGAGGAUUCCUAUCACCUCAUGUGUAGGUUUUACUCUCGAUACUUCUACAAAGUGCCAGAACUUGCAAAGUACCGCUAUGUAUGGCGGCUUGAACCGAACGUCAACUUCCACAGCGAACUAAACUACGAUGUGUUCCAGUUUAUGAAGGCUGCAAAUAAAAUUUAUGGGUUUACAAUAAGCCUAUAUGACAACCCAUGGUCCGUGGAGUCGUUAUGGGACCAUACUAUGGAUUUUGUCCGCGCUCAUCCCCACUAUCUCAACCAGGCCGGCGCCACCGACUGGCUACGGGAAAACAUCCAGAAGUCCGAAAACUUCAAAAUCACCCGCGGAUACAGCACUUGCCACUUUUGGAGCAAUUUCGAGAUCAUUGACUUGGAGUUCUUACGCAGUGAAGCUUACGAACAAUUUGUUGAAUACCUUGAUCAGACAGGCGGGUUCUUCUACGAGCGUUGGGGCGAUGCACCUGUAAGAAGCCUCGCGCUGGCCCUCUUUGCAAACGCUUCUGAUAUUCAUUGGUUUCGUGACAUUGCAUACAAUCACUUGCCAUACUUUAACUGUCCCACCUUUCUCCCGGAUUCUCGAAGGUCUUUCGGUACCUGUAAAUCGGGGAAGUUUUCCAAUUGGGACGAGCUAAACGUGGAGAAUUGUGCGGGCAACUGGAUACUCCACGCCAUGACGGAUGCAGAUCGCGCUGCCUACUGA